AUGGCGUCUCUUCGAGUUUUCUCCACGAAUCAUCAAUCUCCGCUUCUUCCAUCACCGCUAUCCUCGAAACCCUUAUUAUCCUUACCACGAUUCGUCAAAAGCCACACCAGACAGAGUCCAAUUCGAUCCGUUCUUCAGUUUAAUCGCAAGCCGGAGCUCGCCGGAGAGACGCCGCGUAUCGUUGUCAUCACCUCGGGAAAAGGCGGCGUUGGAAAGACGACAACCACUGCAAACGUCGGUCUCUCUCUCGCUCGUUACGGCUUCUCAGUCGUCGCCAUCGACGCGGACCUCGGCCUCCGUAACCUCGAUCUACUCCUAGGGCUAGAGAAUCGAGUCAACUACACCGUCGUCGAGGUACUGAACGGAGACUGCCGUCUCGACCAGGCCCUGGUGCGCGAUAAGCGCUGGUCGAAUUUCGAAUUGCUAUGUAUCUCGAAACCUAGAUCGAAACUUCCGAUGGGGUUCGGUGGGAAAGCACUGGAAUGGCUCGUCGACGCCCUGAAAACCAGACCAGAAGGCUCUCCGGAUUUCAUCAUCAUCGAUUGCCCUGCAGGGAUCGACGCCGGGUUCAUAACCGCCAUUACUCCGGCGAACGAAGCGGUCCUGGUAACAACACCGGACAUUACAGCGCUGAGAGACGCCGAUAGAGUGACGGGUUUGCUCGAGUGCGACGGAAUCCGGGAUAUAAAGAUGAUUGUGAACCGGGUGAGGACUGAUAUGAUCAAAGGAGAGGAUAUGAUGUCGGUGUUAGACGUGCAGGAGAUGUUGGGACUGUCGUUGCUCGGAGUGAUUCCUGAAGACUCUGAGGUAAUCAGAAGCACGAAUCGAGGGUUUCCGCUUGUUCUGAACAAGCCUCCGACGCUUGCGGGGUUGGCUUUUGAGCAGGCGGCGUGGAGACUCGUGGAGCAAGAUAGCAUGAAGGCUGUUAUGGUCGAGGAAGAGCCUAAGAAACGCGGCUUCUUCUCUUUCUUUGGCGGCUAA